GAGGCAGGGGUGCGGAUGACUGGAAAUGUGAAGUCAGCUGAUAGGAUGCUGCCAGACUCCCUUCGCUCUGCACGGCUUAAGCUCUCCUUGCCUAGUGCUAGUGAAAGCAACUCGGCAAGCCUUUGCUCAGCUCAGCAGGCUGCCGUUUGCUGCAGAUGCAAAACCGAAAUCCAUCCUUCCACCGCCUACUUACCAUCAGGAGGGUUAUAUGUCUUCUUGCCUCUUGUUUCUUUCCCCAAACCUGUGUUAUCAAAAGGAAGCUCUAUUCUGCUGCUAGCAAUGCAUCCUGAGAGGUGGCUAUGUUGGUGUUGCCCUGCUUUCUGUGUGUGGGCAUUCAUGUUCACAUCCUUGAUUAAAGAUACCACAGCCUGCAAGUCAGAGGAACGGUUAUUUCACAAACUCUUCUCCCAGUACAACCAGUUCAUUAGACCGGUGGAAAAUGUGUCUGAUCCUGUCACAGUGUAUUUUGAACUGGCCAUUACCCAGCUUACAAAUGUGGAUGAAGUCAAUCAGAUUAUGGAAACAAAUUUGUGGCUAAGACACAUUUGGAAUGACUACAAACUACGGUGGGAUCCCAGACAAUAUGAUGGCAUUGAAUUUGUUCGGGUACCAGCAGAUAAAAUUUGGAAACCAGAUAUUGUCUUGUAUAAUAAUGCUGUGGGAGAUUUUCAAGUUGAAGGCAAGACCAAAGCCCUCCUUCGCUAUGAUGGAAUGAUCACCUGGACCCCACCAGCUAUUUUUAAAAGCUCCUGUCCUAUGGAUAUUACCUUUUUCCCAUUUGAUCAUCAGAACUGUUCACUCAAAUUUGGCUCAUGGACCUAUGACAAAGCCAAAAUUGAUCUUCUGAUCAUUGGAUCCAAAGUAGAUAUGAAUGACUUUAGGGAAAAUAGUGAAUGGGAAAUAGUUGAUGCUUCUGGCUACAAACAUGAUAUCAAAUAUAACUGCUGUGAGGAGAUCUACACAGACAUAACAUAUUCCUUUUAUAUUCGAAGGUUGCCAAUGUUCUACACCAUAAAUCUGAUCAUUCCCUGUCUUUUCAUCUCAUUCUUGACUGUGUUAGUUUUUUACCUGCCAUCUGACUGUGGUGAGAAAGUUACUCUUUGUAUCUCUGUGCUUCUUUCUUUGACUGUAUUUUUACUGGUGAUCACAGAAACAAUCCCAUCCACUUCUUUAGUAAUUCCCCUAGUAGGUGAAUAUUUACUCUUCACAAUGAUAUUUGUGACUCUGUCAAUUGUCAUCACAGUGUUUGUCCUCAAUAUACAUUACAGGACUCCAACCACACACACAAUGCCCAAAUGGGUAAAAACCAUUUUCCUUAGCCUGCUCCCCAAAGUCCUGUUGAUGCAGAGGCCACUAGAACAGCAGAAAAAAAACGCCUCCAGAAAAAAUGAGAGAGCUUCAGAAAGUAAGUUGGGCAAGUCAAAGCGCAGCAAACACAAAGACACCAAAUUGCACACGGAGCAGCGCUGCAGCCACUGUGAUAAGGCAGCUGAACUCCCAAGGACCAAAAGACGGCUGAGCCAUCAGUCCCUGAAAUGGAUGGCAGAGCACAUGGAGUACUCCCCAGAGGUGAAGGAUGUCAUUAGCAAUGUCCAGUUCAUCGCAGAGAACAUGAGGUCUCAAAAUGAAACCAAAGAGGUGGAAGAUGAUUGGAAAUACAUAGCUAUGGUGAUAGACAGAGUAUUUCUCUGGGUAUUUAUAAUUCUUUGUGUGUUUGGGACUGUAGGGCUCUUUAUCCAGCCACUAAUAGCAGAGACAUAACUUGAUCCACUGCUUUUUAUCCACUUUUGUUCUUCUUUCAUUUUUGGUUCAGAAAUUUACCUUUUAUUUCUCUCCUCUAACAUAACCCUUCUGCUCACCACCUCCUCAGCACCCAGCCACAGAGGGUCCCAGAACAAUAAAGUAUGUGUUGACAUUUAUGUUUGAAAUCAGACAAGUCUUAAACAGUUAAAUCACAUUUGAAAACAAACGGACUUAACAUUUGAAUGUGGUUACCAUGUGAGACAUAUACAUUUGAAAACUACAUACUUCUAAAAUCUUUCCAAACUAAUUUGAUCUGCCACUUAGCUUUGCAUGUGACUGAAGUCCCCUUUACUUCCUGAUGGUGUGUACCAAGACCUUGAUGAGCUUCAGCAGGACUUCCAAGCCACAGCUCUUGUCAGUUACAGUGGUCCUAGCCCACAGGUUCUGCUCUGAAAACUCUUGCUUGCUCAGGCUCAGACAUAAACCAAACAGAGAAGGGUCUGUCCCUGAGCAGCUACUUGUCACAGACAGAAUUGGUUUGACAGCAUUGGAUUGAUCUGAAUUUUCCCAUUUUUAAAACCCAAGACCAACCUGGAUUACACACAUCCCUGUAGAAAAAGGCAGGAUACCGUGAAUCCUGUGCAAAGCUGAGCACCUUGUUUCAAACAGCUGUGCAACAAUGUUCUGUUUGCUGGCUCCUCGUGGGUCUGUGCUGUGUGUGCAAGCCUGUAACUGUAGGGACAUGUCCUUUGGGGCUGAUGUCACUGCUAUGUAAUCAGGUCCCAAUCCUAGUGUGCUUCAUCCUGAAACACUUUGCAGAUGUGUUCCUGAUGUGGUUUCUAUAAAAUGUGGAUGGUUUACCCUUAAAUCCCUUGUUUGUUUGUAUUCCUGUUAGUUCUGUGCUAAAAGAUUCUUCUUUAAAAGGCACCACUACAAUUAAACCCAAUGACUUCAAGAAUACAAAUCCCUUCUCUCUUAUAAGAGCCUCUAAAUUUAACUGUGCAAUGUCAAUGCAGUGUUUUCAGUGUCUGACAUGUAUCAGUCUUGGCUCUGAACAUCACCAAUCCUUGGAAUGUAUGACUCCCUGUUUCUGAAGUCACUGACUGGCCUUUUACUCUUUUUUGACGUUUCAUAAUAAAGAGAAUAGGAAUGAAUUACUGUAUAUAUUAGAGACAAAGGUGGAAUGACAAGAAUAUAACUGUCUUAAUCCACCCAGUCAUGACUGUAGAAGAAAAAGUAGAAGAAAACUAUUAUUUUCUGUAAUCCCCCUGAAUGUUGUUUGAUUAUAUAGUGACAGACAGACAGAUUUAUGAAAAAGCAUGGUUUAUUUUGUCAGCCUGUCAAUUAAAUAUCACUCCUGAGAUAAACCUUCUUGAAGAA